GUUUUGAAUUUUCUUUGAGGAAAUGUUCCUUCAAAAUUGAUAUAAAAUAGGCCCAGUAUAUGAAAUUUCUUCAAGCAUAUAAUUAACAAAAUUUUAAACGAAUUUCGAACGUAGAAAGAUCAUAUAAUCGGUAAAGAUGACUGAAAAAUUACGAAGAUAUGAGAAAAUUGAUUUCUUGGGCGAGGGACAGUUCGCCACUGUUUAUAAAGCCAAAGAUAUCGAAACGUCCAAAAUUGUUGCUGUGAAAAAGAUUAAAGUUGGAAGUCGCGCGGAAGCUAGGGAUGGAAUAAAUAGAACUGCACUGAGAGAAAUUAAAUUGUUACAAGAACUGAAGCACGAUAAUGUGAUCGGUUUGAUAGAUGUUUUCGGUCACAAAUCGAACGUAUCGUUGGUGUUUGACUUUAUGGAUACCGAUUUGGAAAUAAUAAUAAAAGAUAACAAUAUUGUUUUAACUGCUGCGAACAUUAAGGCGUACAUGAUUCAAACACUUCAAGGAUUAGAUUACCUUCACUUCAAUUGGAUACUUCAUAGGGAUCUGAAACCAAAUAAUUUACUUGUUAACGCAGAAGGUGUUUUGAAAAUUGGGGAUUUCGGUUUGGCCAAAUUCUUUGGUUCGCCGAAUAGAUUGAAUACGCAUCAAGUGGUGACAAGAUGGUACAGGUCGCCUGAAUUGUUAUAUGGCGCAAGGCUUUAUGGAACUGGGAUCGAUAUGUGGGCAAUUGGUUGUAUAUUGGCGGAACUAUUGUUACGUGUACCGUUUUUACCUGGGGAAUCUGAUCUGGAUCAGCUCACUAGAAUAUUUCAGACAUUGGGUACACCCACAGAGGAGACAUGGCCAGGAAUGACGGAACUACCAGAUUUCAUCCAGUUCAAACCAUUUCCUGGAACACCAUUAAAACAUAUAUUUACUGCUGCUGGGGAUGAUCUGUUGGACUUAAUCGCUAGUUUUCUAAACGUAAACCCUUUGGAAAGAUGUACAUGCGAUCAGGCUCUUCAGAUGCCAUACUUUAGCAAUAAGCCAGCACCGACUCCUGGACCUAAACUACCCCUUCCAACGACCGUUAAACGACAACCGGAGGAAAAACCAAGUUUGAAAAGGAAGCUACUGGAAUCGAUGGAUGGCGCUUCGCUUGCGAAAAGAUUACAGUUUUAACUAUAAUUUUAAUUAGAAUUAAUUGUAAAUUAUAGAAAACAAUUUAGUACCAUUAUGAAUGUUAUUAUUUUUACAAUGAACUAUUGUCGUAUAUAAUUGAAAGAAUCGGAGAGAAAUAACAUGGUUUAAUUUAUAUAAAUAUAUAAUGUACCAAUGAUUUGAAACUGUAAGAUACAUUGACAGAAAUAUUUACAGUAAAUCUGAGAUCAUGUACAAUAAUGAAUCAAUAAUGUAUUUUUGUUACAAGACUAUUACAUAAAUAAUCAAAAUUAAGUGUAAAAUUUGUUUUGGAUAUAAAAAUAUAUUGAUAUUGUAUAUUGUAUAAAUUACAUAUCCUUAAUGCACAUUAUCUCAUAUUUA